UAUACAUUGGUAGAUACAUACACGGGAGCGAGCUUCUUCGAUAAGUUCAAUUAUUUCACCGAGGAGGAUCCCACGGGGGGUGUUGUUGAAUACAUAAACCCCACCCUCCCCACCACCUCCCACCUCAACCUCACCCACGCCACAUCAACCUCUAUAAUCCUCCGCAUCGAUACCUCCCCCACCUUGAAUAGUACAGCAGCAAAAAUCAAAUCCAUCCGCAUCGAAUCUCUUCCCCGGUACACCACCGGCCUCUUCAUCUUCGACAUCCGGCAUACGCCCCACGGAUGCGGUCUCUGGCCGGCGUUGUGGCUGAGUGACACGUCCGAGAACUGGCCGAAUAAUGGGGAGAUUGAUGUGCUGGAGGCGACGAAUCGGGGUGGGGGCGGGAAUGUGGUUAGUUUGCAUACUGGAUAUGGGUGUAGGAUGGUGCAAACGGGGAUCGUAACAGGCCAUGAGAGCGGGAUCUGUGAUGUGGGUGAUGGCAAGGCGAAUGUCAUGGGGUGUGGAGUGAGAGGGGGCGUGGAGACAUAUGGGAGUGUGUUUAAUGGGAAUGGUGGGGGGGUCUACACGCUGGAAAUCCACCCCUCCGGAAUCAAAGUCUGGUUCUUUCCACGGGGAGAGAUCCCAGCUGAUAUCACCAAUGCCAUUACCAACUCCAAACCCCCCAAUAACAAAAACAACCACAAGAAAAGAAACACCACCUCGAACCCCCCCACCGCUCCUCAACCCCCAACAUGGGGCCCUCCCCUCGCGCACUUCCCCAGCACCACCUGCCCCAUCCGCAACCACUUCAACAACCUCCAAAUCAUCGCCAACAUUGACCUCUGUGGACAGAAUGCCGGACAGUCUAGCACUUACACCGAUCAGGAUGGUUGUCCCGGGACAUGUGAGGAGUAUGUCCGAGAGAAUGUGCAGACGUUGCGGGAUGCGUAUUGGGAGUUUGGUGGCUUUUGGGUUUUUCAG